AUGGCGCUGGCGUUACUCACUCAGGAUCAACAGGUAUUUUUAGUAAUGUUUUAUUUGAUCAAUAAAACCAAACUCACAGUUUUUGUUAAGGAACCUGCGGAAAUAACUCUGUCACUUGUAGAGGACACGAUGAUGGAAGCAAAAUUUACACGUCGGAUAGGACCACUCUUAUGCCCAGGAAGACAAGCUCGCUUGUUACUUCCACAAACGGAACCCAGACCAUCGAAUUUCGUGAAUACAAUAAACAUCGUCGUGAAGCUUUUGGAUCAGACAAUGUUUCCGGUCCAGGCAAGGUAUCUGAACGAAAUGAUAAGAGAUUUGGGACAACUAAAUCUGUUUAAUCAAAUCAUCGGGCGAAACAGGAAUAUCAUCAUUAGAGAAUUUAAUGGUCAGGAGUUGCGUUUUGAUCCUCCAUCUAAUGUUGGAGAUUUAGUUCACAAGGAUAUUUGUAUUCUAUAA